AUGGACAUGUUUUGUAUUUUAGGGAGAAAGCCAUUAUUUCGAUCAUCAAACUUCAGUUCUCUACACACAAUCAGAUGGAUAAAGCAUUUUAGUGCAGUGAAUAUUAACCAGGAAGUAUUACCUAGGACUAAGUCUGUUCUGCGGCCGGCAAGUUGGCAGUACCGUUGUAUGACUGAUCAAUCAAGCGACUGGAAAACUGUGUAUGAAGGUCCAAUCUCAAGAUCAGUCAAACUUGUAAAGUUGCUUUCCCUGACUACAGCAGCGGCGACUUUAGUUUGUUCUCCAUUGUUGGUGCUUUUUGGAAAUCAAGCAACUUCGGCCUCAGUGAAGACGAUCGCUGUGUUUUUAUUAUGUACGAUUGGUACAGGUUCAACUGCAUUACUUCAUUUUGUAACCAAAUCCUAUGUGCUCAAGAUGGACUUCAAUCCAAAGGAAAUGAUGUUCGCUGUAGAGACGUUAUCUAUACUUGCGUUGCGAAAAAGAGUGGAAUUUCCUGCUGAUGACACUUUUGUAUACCCAGACGAUAGAGCUUUUUCUACCUUUGAAGCUCAUGGACGAAAGUAUUUUAUACACAAGGAGCUUGUAGAAGCUCAACAAGUGUUGCACUUUAUUGAAAAGUGGCAGAAAGAAGAAGCCACAGAGUUUAAAAAAUCCUCGUAA